AUGCACACGGGCGAGCCGGAUUAAUCUUCGGUCGUAACCUUUAGUGGUCGGACCAUCCGGCCCGGUCCGGCUACUAUUCUCACUAUGGAAAGAGGACUUGAUUUUAUCCCAGCAAUGAGUGACAGCAAACCUCGAUCACAAGUAAGGAUGGGGAAUGCCACGUAGGCAAUCCGAACAGAACCCGGAUAUGGGAAAUCCGACGUGGCCCAAUAAUCGUAACCCAUGUAAGCUUCCUCUAGCCAAUGCAAAUCCAUUUUCAGAUUCUCUCCGUACCAUCUUCUUCCUCAUUCUCAUUCAUAACCCCUCUCACAAACCUCUGUUUUCAGCCACUCACAAUUCUCUCUCUCUCUCUCUCUCUCGUCCCAUUCUCCAUUCUUUCUUCAAUCUUCCAUUUCCACCGGGGGGAAGAUGGCGGCGAAUUCCGCGAUGAACAGCGGCGGCGGCCUCGCCAUCGCCUUCCCGUCCCUCCUCUCUUCCUCCAGGUCCAAAUUCGCCUCCUCUGUUCCUCUCCCCGCCGUCGCCUCCUCCGGCCGGGUCGUCAUGUCCGCCGAAUGGAUGCCCGGCCAGCCCCGACCCGCCCACCUCGACGGCUCUGCUCCCGGUGACUUCGGGUUCGACCCGCUCGGACUGGGCACCGUCCCGGAGAACCUGGAGCGGUUCAAGGAGUCGGAGCUGAUCCACUGCAGAUGGGCGAUGCUCGCCGUCCCCGGAAUCCUGGUCCCGGAGGCAUUGGGGCUGGGGAACUGGGUGCAGGCGCAGUCGUGGGCGGCGGUGCCGGGCGGUCAGGCGAGCUACUUGGGGCAGCCGGUGCCGUGGGGAACCCUGCCGACGAUACUGGUGAUCGAGUUCUUGUCCAUUGCGUUCGUGGAGCACCAGCGGAGCAUGGAGAAGGACCCGGAGAAGAGGAAGUACCCCGGCGGGGCGUUCGACCCGCUCGGGUUCUCGAAAGACCCGAAAAAGCUCGAGGAGUACAAGCUCAAGGAGAUCAAGAACGGCCGGCUGGCGUUGCUGGCGUUCGUUGGGUUCUGCGUGCAGCAGUCGGCGUACCCGGGGACCGGACCGCUGGAGAAUUUGGCGACCCAUUUGGCGGAUCCAUGGCACAAGAACAUCGGGGAUGUUGUUAUCCCGUUCAAUUGAAGUGAACUCCUCCGUCAAUUCGAUCGGAGUUAGCUUAGUUUUGUUUCAGUCGAACCUUGGAUCUCACCCUGUAAAAUUCACAUUGUUUAACCUCUUGUCCGGAAAUUGAAAUAGAAUGAACCAAGUUCUGUGCUCUGUGGAUGUGCUGCAUUAUAGCUCACUUUCAAAGUCGGAUCCUCUGCUUCCUUGACUUUCUAACUUGCAGCAGGAAAAUGAAGUUUCUUUGUUAUUACUAAAUCAAAUAGUUCAUAUAUAGGGGAUUUUGCAGCAGGCUAGACAUAAACAUAAACAUAAACAUACAUCUUCAUCAUUUCUGAGAUGGCAAAACAAAACAAGACCUUCAAUCUUCUGAGAGGUGCAUGUUCUAAAUUCUGAUUCAUCUGUACAAAAGCUUAAUUGACAUCCCCUAGCAGAGUCUGUUGUGUCUUUAACAUCCAACAAAGGAUCCCUCAAGUAAAGGAAAACCCACAAAGCAAAUACAUAAUACUGAGAAUGAGGCAUUCUCCAUUACCAACAAACAAUACAAGUUGCAGGCCCACCUUAGCCACUUUAGCUGGUGGACUGGGCAUUAUAUACAACAUCAUCAUUGACAAACUAGUUUCCCCCUGCUCUUUUUUUUUUUUUUGGGUUCCACCUCUGAUAUACAGAAAAAGUACAUAGAAUGUGAACUUUCUUUAAAGCCCCAUUCAUAAUUCUACUCUACAAUGGCUGGAAGAGAGAAAGAGGGGGAGGAACCCUCUUCUCAAAACCAAAAAACUCUGCUCUUCUUUCUCUGCUGACUGCUCCUCCUUCACACUCCACAGCAACGCAAAACUACUAGUUGCAGCAGCAGUAGUAAGCAGAUAACAAAAGGAAAACGCCAGACCAAGAGAGCAGAGAUUCCUUACUCAGCUCUCAUACUCUGCUCUGUUGCCGCCAACACCAAACCCACCUGCUAACUAUAAUGGCUACGACUCCCUACACCACAAGUAACAAAGACAGAUAAAUUAU